AUGUUGACGUCGUUGAGGAAAGCGGCCUCAUUGGCGCGUACUGCAUCUGCAGGUCAGAAGCGAUUCCUGUCAAUACAUGAAUACCAAUCCAUGAAGCUUCUUAACGACUACGGAAUUGCGACACCGAAAAGUGUUGCCGCAAAGACACCUCAGGAGGCUUAUGACGUCGCAAAGAAUUUUGGCUCUAACAACCUCGUAAUCAAGGCUCAAGUGUUAGCUGGUGGUAGAGGAAAGGGCAAAUUUAACAAUGGCUUCCAGGGUGGUGUUCAUAUGGUCGACAGUCCUAAACAGGCCCAGGACAUUGCUGAGAAGAUGAUUGGUGCAAGUCUCAUCACGAAGCAGACAGGUGCUGCGGGACGAGUGUGCAAUGCUGUCAUGCUGGCAGAGCGUAGACAGCCUGAGCAUGAAUACUACGUCGCCGUAUUGAAUGACCGUGCUUCUCAAGGAGUUGUGUUGGUCGCCUCUGCUCAAGGUGGCAUGAAUAUCGAGGAGGUUGCCGCCAAAGAUCCCAAUGCAAUCAUUACCACACCCAUCAAUUUUAAAAAGGGACUUUCCAAAGAAGAAGCUAUUGCUGUCGCUCAGAAACUUGGUUUCAAGGAUGCAGAUACCCAAUCGCAAGCAGCUGAUGUAUUCAUUAACCUAUACCGAAUCUUCAAGGAAAAGGAUGCUACCCAGAUUGAGAUCAACCCUAUGGCCCUUACCACCGACGGCCAAGUCUUAUGCAUGGAUGCUAAAUUUGGUUUUGACGACAAUGCUGAGUUCCGUCAAAAGGAUGUCUUCGGUCUCCGUGAUAUCUCCCAAGAGGAACCCUCGGAGGUAGAGGCCCAAAAGGCCAACCUUAACUUCAUCAAGCUUGACGGUACCAUUGGUUGUUUGGUCAACGGUGCCGGUCUUGCAAUGGCUACAAUGGAUGUGCUCUCGCUCCAUGGUGGCAACCCUGCUAACUUCCUCGACGUCGGAGGUGGUGCUACUCCUGAGACUGUCAAGAAAGCUUUCGAAAUUAUUGUAUCUGACCCCAAGGUCAAAAGCAUCUUCAUCAAUAUCUUCGGCGGUAUCAUGCGAUGCGAUUAUAUCGCGGAAGGUGUCAUUAGGGCUGCAAAGGAGCUAGAUCUUACUAUUCCUCUCAUUGUGAGAUUGAAAGGCACCAAGGAAGCUGAAGCCAAGAAGAUGAUUAAGGAUUCUGGCUUGAAAAUCAUUCCUUUUGACAGCCUGGAUGAAGCCGCCGCACAGGCUGUCAAGUUGGCUGUUUAG